AUGGCGCGCGAGGACGCGUUGGAAGACGGCGAGGCGCGCGAGGCGCGCGCGGGCGCGCGCGCGCGCGAAGGCGGUGAUGGCGACGGGAAGGGCGCGAGCGGUUUGGCGGCGAGCGCGCGCGAGGCGAACGCGCGAGGCGGCGUGCGAGCGGAAACGUCCGCGGACGACGACGGAACCCUCGUGCGCGUGAUCGCGCCCGGUGCGUUCGACGCGCGAUGGCGCGCGAACGAUCCCGCGAACGCGGCGACGACGACGGCGCGCGCCGUCGACGGCGGCGUCACCGCCGCGCACGCCGCGCUCUCCGACCGGUUACUCGAAUUCGCCGCCGACGCGCUCGCGCGCGCGGGCGACGCCGAGGCGGCAUCGAUAGAAAUACUCGCCUGGCUCGAGGAUCUUCGCGACGUGUUCGUCGUCCCAGAUUUCGCGAGCGGCGGCCGCGUGCUCGCGCCGGACCCGUCUCGCGGCGGCGUCCUCGUCCCCGGUCGCCUCCUCCCCGGUCGCGUCGCUCGCGCGUGA